AUGUCGCAGCCUCCAGAUAGACGCAGACGCGUAGAGCUUACGUUAGAGGAUAAGAUAAAGCUCAUUACGGAAUCAACUGCUCAAUCAAAACCAUCUCUGAAGGCACUCGGCGAGCGCUUCAAGAUCGGGAAGUCAACGUUCCGUUUCGACAACGAAUGCAAGUUCGACCGACUGAACGAGCUGACGUGGGAGUGGUUUAGCCGGAAGCGGGCCCAGAACUUCCCUUUGUAUGGACCUGUGAUCCAGGAGAAAGCAAGCAGCUUCGCAAAUGAACUGGGGUACCACGACUUCAAGGGGUCCAGCGGCUGGUUCACCUCCUGGAAGUCCCGCUAUUCUGUGAAGGCGUUCAAGGUGUCCGGGGAGAGUGAUGGGUGGACCAGCAGACACGCCAUGGGAGAGAAGCUGACACCGCUGGUCAUUGGCAAGGCAGCAAAUCCCCGCUGCUUGAAGAACGUGCGACGAGAGCGUCUUGGUGUUACUUACGUCAGUAAUAAGCGUGCGUGGAUGACGUUAGCUGUGUUCUCUGAUUGGCUCCGGGACACUCUCCUUAACAUUGCAGAAAAUAAGAUAGUAAAGAAGAAAUGUGCUUUGAAGCAGAGAGUGAUCUCGGACUCUUUCGUGAAAUCGUAA